CAUCUUCCUCAGUAUUACUGGAGAGGGUUAUGGCAGAAUUUUCCGCGCCAGACGUGAAGCUUAGUGAACAUAACAAAAGAGCAGUACGAAGAAAAGGGAGAGUGCAGUGUGCAAAACUGGCACAUAUGGGAAUUAUCACGACAAGAAGACGGCAGAUAUGCACAGAGAGGACCAACAGCUCACUUCACUGAUGAGGUUCAAAGCAGCCGUCAGCGAGGAGUGACCCGUCCUCACCAAAGGUGCACAGCACGCCUGCAGAAGCACAGGCCCAAGCCGCCCUCGUUUCCCCGCAGGAUCUAGUUCCCUAUUUCCAGCUGAGUUUGGCCCUUGGAUCAUUCAAAACUGUUUCUCCAACGCUUCUACCAAAAACUUAGACUGUUUUCCAAAGCAGAUUCGGCCCAGCCCCCCCAGGCGGCAGCAAUGGGGAGUGUGCGAAGCCACCGUUACAGCAUUGUGUCCUCUGAGGAAGAUGGCAUGAAGCUGGCCGCCAUUGCCGUCCCAAAUGGCUACGGAAAUGGCAAUGUCAACAAGGUGCACACGGAGCACCAACAUCAGAGCCGCUUUGUCAGGAAGGAUGGCCACUGCAACGUGCAGUUUAUCAAUAUGAGCGAGAAAGGCCAGCGGUACCUGGCAGAUAUCUUCACCACCUGUGUGGACAUCCGCUGGCGCUGGAUGCUGCUCGUGUUCUGCCUUUCUUUCCUGCUCUCUUGGUUGUUUUUUGGCUUUGUCUUCUGGUUAGUGGCCCUCUCUUACGGGGACUUAGACAACGAGACUCAAAUGUGCGUUUCCAAUGUGGACAGCUUCACGGCUGCCUUUUUGUUCUCCGUGGAGACCCAAACCACUAUUGGCUACGGCUAUAGAUAUGUAACAGAGGAAUGCCCUGUUGCGGUCUUCAUGGUUGUCUUCCAAAGCAUUGUGGGCUGCAUCAUCGAUGCUUUCAUCAUCGGUGCAGUCAUGGCCAAGAUGGCCAAGCCCAAAAAGAGGAACGAGACCCUGGUGUUCAGCCAUUAUGCUACUGUGGCCAUGAGGGACGGUAAACUUUGCCUCAUGUGGCGCGUGGGGAACCUGAGGAAGAGUCACCUGGUGGAAGCCCACGUCAGGGCCCAGCUACUCAAGUCCCGCACCACCGCUGAGGGCGAGUACAUCCCUCUGGAUCAGGUGGACAUUGACGUGGGCUUCGACAGUGGCAUUGACAGAAUUUUCCUGGUGUCACCAAUCACCAUCGUUCAUGAGAUUGAUGAGGACAGCCCGUUCUAUGAGAUGAGCAAACAGGAGUUGGAGACAUCAGAGUUUGAGAUCGUCGUGAUCCUGGAGGGCAUGGUCGAGGCCACAGCAAUGACAACGCAGUGUCGGAGCUCCUACGUGGCCAGCGAGAUCCUCUGGGGCCACCGCUUUGAGCCCGUGCUCUUUGAGGAGAAGAACUACUACAAAGUGGACUACUCGCGCUUUGAAAACACAUACGAGGUGCCCAGCACACCUGACUGCAGUGCCAGGGAACUAGCCGAGAGGAAUUCCAAUGCCUCCAGUCAGAGGAACUCCUUUUGUUAUGAGAAUGAGGUGGCUCUGGAAAAAGUGGAGUUGGAGGAGGAGUUUGAGGAGGAGGACAACAAGGAGAUGAAGGGUGUUGAGGUCUUUGCACUUGAGGACACCAACACAGAUGUGGUGUCGGACUCUGAAAGCAAUCCGGACUCUUUGCCUUUGGAAACAAGGCCUUUAACGGCAGAAUCAGAGAUAUGACUACUGAGAUAAAGAAGAGUUAAACAAUACUGCAGGGUGUGUUAAAACUAGCUUGAAUUUGGUCCUGAAUGCUGUUUAAUGCAAGACUGUGAUUUGAGUAUGAAGUCCUCUAUGCAAAAGAUUAGCCAUAAGACACCAUGGGAAAACCCAACAUACUGGUUGUUUAUGGUGAAAGUGGGUAAUACAUUAAAGGGUUGCAUGAAGCUUGAGGUAUGAGAUGGGUUACAUGCCAUCCCUUACACACUGUGAAGUCUGUCUUUAAAUAUUAGAAAGAUAUCCAAAUUGGAAAAAGAAGCAAAAGAAAAUGUUUGCUCAAAAAACUGUGAUGUAUUAUUGAAUUGGAAGUUUCCAACUUGAAAUUUGUCAACAAGCAUCUUCGGUACAUUAGCUGAUUUUUGGCCUUAAUGUCACUAGAUGACUUCAAUAUAUCUAAUUUAAAUAGUAAGAGAUUUUAUUUAAAUGCCAACCUAUAUGUGAUUUAUUUUUAAUUCAAGACUCGUAUUCAAAGGGUACGUAAAAUGUCACAACACCUGCGGUGUAAAGGUUUGUUAAUGAGCUGGUCUCAUAGCAAAUGACGUUGAUGAUUCUGUUCAUUGUGGUGGUCUUUGUAUUCUCAUGAUGCAACGCAGGACAAAGAUAUCUUUCACAAAUGGCGAGCAAGUACUCUAUGCUCAUCAAACUAUUAUCUUGUCUAGGUACGGCCUCUUUUUGCAAUGUGUGUGCCUUAAAAAAAAGAGUCAGUCCUGGUGGGAAGGUUUGGCUACCAGCAAGCACACACUGCAAUAGUUGUCGCAGAAAAACAAAUAGAAACAAACAUGGUGAUUCUCUGUGCAGUAUGCUCAUGCCCUUCCUUGAAGAUCUUCAUGUUCUAAUGUGCAAUACAGGUCGAUGGGAGAAUGUGACAGGAAGUUCAGCCCCUGAGCCGAGGUUCUGAAUGUUGACGAUAAAGUGCUGCUAAGUUACAUAUUGUAUGUUUAGAGGGAAAUCUAGGAGCCAAAAUGUAUUAUUUGUUUUUACAAGUAUCCGUUUUGAAGAUUGCAGUUGCAGCCUACGAUGUGAUUUGUAGAUGUAGACGAGCAUGAUUCUGUCAGUGUGUUUUCCAAAGCUUUAGUGCACCUUUUCCUCACCAAAAAGCCCCCCAACCCUGCCCCCCACAAAAGCCAAAUGUGUAAAUAUAAGACUCAACUAUCUGUGAGUUUUUGUUGGUUUGAACUUGUCCUCAUCUAACAGAGGUUGGCUCUUGAAACGUUCAAUCAUUUGCUUUUGACUUAGUCUGCUUAAUAUUAACAUCAGUGUUGACGUGCAGAAUUCGGAAACAUCCCAGGUAACCCUCACACUUCACCACUGCAGGUCUUCUGAAGUUAAUUUGUCGUUUCUGAAUGGGCCCUCACUUUGUCUUUAUAAAGAGCAGGUUUGUUGAGUACGAUUUCUUGACUCCAGUCUUAUGGAAGAUUGAGCUUUAAUUUUAAUUUUAAUUUUUUUUAGAAGGUUUUAUUGUGGCACAUUCACAUUUUGUCAGUGGGAACCAGAACUCUUCUCUGCAUCUCUGGUUAAGGAAAACUUCAUAAAAAAUGCUUUAUCUGAACUCUCAUUGACAACUCUCCUGUCUUAGGUCUUUAUUUUUCUACCAGAGUCUUCCCACCUUCCUGCACAAACCACAGACUGUACAGAUUUUUUAUCUUUUGUAAAUUAUAAGGCAAAUACUGUAUAUUGAUAUUGCAGUUGUUGAAAACUGUUUAUGUCUUCUUUUUUUCAAUAAAAAUGCAACAAAAUCA